AUGGAGGCUGUGUCUAAUAGUGAAUCGUGCCGUCCUAUGAGUGAGACCAGUUACGAACACCAAGUUCAAUUUGGAGAAAAGAAAGUGUCGACGUGGGGCAAAGUAAGAAGAUGGAUUCGUAGUACUCUUGAUUGUCAUUACUACAAAUUCAAAGAUAACGAGAAAUUCAGGAGGUGCCUGUGGCUUGGGAGAAAGCACCUUAUGGUCGUCAGGGCGAGUGAGGUGACAGUAGGAGUGAUGCAAUUUUGUCUUCUUGCAACUUUGGUCGUCGUUUCCAUUCUGAACCUUUUUUUGUAUCGAAUAAGAUCAGAUAUCGCACAGGUGAAGGAACUGGAUCCAGGGUAUUAUCUCACAGAUGAGCGGAGACGAUGGGAUGCCGAUGUCGACGCCGACGCCGACUCAUACUUAUCUAGACGCCGAGAGAUCUUGGUGCUGUGGUCUAUUCGUAUUUUUCAACUCACCUUGUUUUCACCAGGCGGUAGUAUGAUUCCACGCACAAAAGGUUUCAGGAGAAAGAUUAGGAACAAACCCGAACCCUCCCAUCCGAAAGAACAACCAUCCCCCACGCCUCAUCCUGUCACGGCAAUCGCAUCCACCCACCAUCCUUCGGUCGAGGCGGUCCAGCCAGAGAUCCAGAAUACAGCCUCGGAGGCUGAUCCCGAAAUAGACCAUAAGGCAGAGAUCCAACAGCACCAAUACUGCGCCGCAUACGCAUAUACGAUGCUCCGACCGGCGGUGCCCCCAAAGGCAUCCACUUGA